AUGCACCUGCAGCAGAACCCCCUCCUGAGCAUGACCGACGGCAGCUUCUCGCUCGGGGGACACUUGGUCAGGAGCCCCGGGGGCCACCCCUCCCGGCUCCACAGCAUCGAAGCCAUCCUGGGAUUUACCAAAGAGGACCCGCUGCUGGGGGGCUUUGCGGGCCAGGAUGCCCCCAGGCUGGUGGAAGAGGCGGAGAAGAGGGACUGCUUCCCCAAAAUGCAAGGCGAGGACCCCCGGGGGCGGGACGGACCCCAGCUGGAGGAUCCCACCGGGGAGCCCUUCGAAGAUCCCUAUUGCCCAAAACGCUCGGAGGAGUGCCUGAGCCCAGAACUGCCCGCCUGUAACAACAGCGACGGGAAGCUUUCCGAUGAAGACCAGCCCAAGAAAAAGCACCGGAGGAACCGUACCACCUUCACCACCUACCAGCUGCACGAACUGGAGCGAGCCUUUGAGAAAUCCCACUAUCCUGAUGUUUACAGCCGAGAGGAACUGGCUAUGAAAGUCAACCUUCCUGAAGUGAGAGUGCAGGUGUGGUUUCAGAACCGUAGAGCCAAAUGGAGGAGGCAGGAGAAGCUGGAGGUGACCUCGAUGAAGCUGCAGGAUUCCCCCAUCCUCUCCUUCAACCGCUCUCCACAGCCCUCUGCCAUUGGGACCAUCGGCAGCAAUUUGCCCCUGGAGUCGUGGCUGAGCCCCCCCAUGUCCAACAGCAGUCCCCUCCAGACUUUGCCGGGUUUCGUGGCUUCCCCACAAAGCCUCCCCAGCAGCUACACCCCUCCUCCUUUCCUGAACUCUCCUCCCAUGGGCCACACUCUGCAGCCCCUCGGGGCCAUGGGGCCUCCUCCCCCCUACCAAUGCGGGACCAACUUUGUGGACAAAUUCCCGCUGGAAGAGGUGGACCCUAGGAACACCAGCAUAGCAGCGUUGCGGAUGAAGGCGAAGGAACAUAUCCAGUCCAUGGGGAAACCGUGGCAGACGAUUUGAGGGG